GAAAUCCUUUACCUCACCUCACCUCACCUCACCUCAAUAAUUUGGUCGAAGAAAGAACUUACUAACAUUUGUAAUUUCUUACUACCUUCUAGGAGCCAUGGGAAUUCUGGCAUUCGAUGAGGUAAAGGAUUUCAAGCCAAUGAGUGUAAACCCAAACCCACCAGACACGUUGCUCCCAUUCUUUGUUCAAAACGAGAGUUUCAUCAAUGGAGAAUGUGAUGAAAAUGAGAAGAUGGUGAAAACGGCGCCCCGAGCGAGGAAGAACAUGCACAUUACGGUGGCGGAGCCGCAAUCAGAAGACGGUGAAGCUAGCUUGAAAUGCAUUCUGGAAAAGUAUCUCGGCGCCAUUGCUCAACGAGUCAAUUAUCAAUUAGGCUAUCAGCUGAACAUAGUUUAUGACCACUAUGCGACUUUAGCACCGUUGAUGCAUUACCACUUGAACAAUUGCGGUGAUCCCUUCAUGGAGAGCUUUAUGGAUUUUCAUUCCAAAGAUUUUGAAGUUGCAGUCUUGGAUUGGUUUGCUCAACUGUGGGAGAUUGAGAAGGAUAAGUAUUGGGGUUAUAUUACUAAUGGUGGCACCGAAGGAAACUUACAUGGAAUUUUGCUAGGGAGAGAGGUACUUCCGAACGGAAUACUAUAUGCAUCAAAGGAGUCACACUAUUCGGUUUUCAAGGCUGCAAAAAUGUAUAGAAUGGAAUUUGAAGGAAUCAACACUAUGGUCAAUGGAGAAAUGGACUAUGCCGACUUGAAGUCAAAAUUGCUUCAAAAUAAGGGAAAACCGGCCAUCAUCAAUGCUACUAUUGGAACUAGUUUCAAAGGAGCCAUGGAUAACUUGGACAUCAUUAUCGAGACAGUUGAAGAAUGUGGAUAUUCAGAAGAACAAAUUUACAUUCAUUGUGAUGCAGCCCUCUCAGGCCUUAUUGUCCCAUUCUUAAAAAAUGAACCAAAAAUCACUUUUAAGAAGCCCAUGAUUGGGAGCAUUACGAUUUCUGGGCACAAGUUCCUAGGAUGCCCAAUGCCAUGUGGAAUCCAAAUAACAAGAAAACGACUCAUAUAUAAGCUCUCAAGAAAUGUUGAGUAUAUUGCCUCCGUAGACGCCACCAUCUCAGGUAGCCGAAAUGGACUGACACCGAUAUGCCUUUGGUAUAGUCUGAGCACCAUGGGUCGGACUGGGCUCCAAAGUGAUGCUCAAAGGUGCAUAAAAAAUGCAGAACAUUUGAGUGAUCGUCUCAGAGGGGCAGGCAUUAGCACAAUGCACAAUAGAAAUACUAUUACUGUGGUUUUUGAGCGACCUCGCGACCGUGAAUUCAUUCGUCAUUGGCAACUCUCUUGUGUGGGGGAAAUGGCGCAUGUUAUUGUCAUGCCCGGUGUCACUAGUGAAGCUCUUGAUAGAUUCUUCAACGAUUUGGUCCAUGAAAGGGAAAUGUGGUAUGUAGACGGAAAGAUUCAACCUCCUUGCCUAAUCGAUGAUUUUGGCCCUGAAAAUUGUAACUGCCCUCUUCACAAAAUUUGAUUUAAUUUCUUUUGUGUUUAAGGAAUAAUGGUAAUGUGAUACAAUAUUUGAGGGAAAGAAGUUGAUUUCACAUUCUAUGAUUAAGUUAUUAGAUUUGUACUUUGACACUUGUAGAUUGUUUCAUAUUUGUUGCAUGAUAGCUAUUAACGGGCAUUGGUUAAAAGUUAAAUUAAAGUAUUAAAUGUAAAAUGUUUUUUCCCAAAUAAACUCUUUUCACAUUGCAUACUUAUUUCU